AUGCGCUUUUAUCAACUUGUGAUGUUAUUAUGUGGUCUCAUAUUCUGCCAUUCUUUGGUGAAAGCCCAGUUUGGAUGGCGAUGUGGUUACGUUGGCGGUUGGUGCGGAAGUGAAAAAUGGAGAGGACGAGAGUUUUCAGGCGGUUAG